AUGGGAAUUUUUUAUGACCUUCAAAACCGUUCAAAAGGAGAAGCAAAUGUUCAAAUUACAAACGAAAAAGAAUAUACUUUCAAUUAUCCUUGCGGAUCUCUGUAUGACUGUACUCCUUAUGUUGUAAUUCUUCCUGCCGGCCAUUACACUUUUGAAACAUGGGGUGCACAAGGAGGAAGUUAUUAUAACAAUAAUGGCGGAAGAGGAGGAUACUCUGUUGGCUCCAUCUCCUUAAAAGCUUCCACUGUCGGCUUUUUACAUAUCGGUGGCAAAGGAACUGCCACAAAUAUUCAAGGAAAACAAUCUGGCGGUUUUAAUGGAGGCGGAUAUGGGCAAUGCGACCUCUCUGGAACAAAAGGAGCUGGAGGAGGAGGGGCUACAGAUAUAAGGCUCAUUAGAGACACAUUAUAUAGCCGUGUUAUUGUGUCUGGUGGUGGUGGGUCUGGAUUUGGAUAUGUUUAUAAUUUCAACUCAAAGGCACAUAGUUCAGGGGGUUAUGGAGGGGGAGAAAAAGGGGAAGAUACCAAAGUUCACCCAGAAGAAUCCAGUUUUACUGGAGGUGGAGGAAAUCAAACCAAUCCUGGAUACACUCCAUCAUACCAAUCAUAUGUUAUUCCUGCAAAAUUCGGUGAAGGGGGAUCCUACACUAAAAAUGGAGGUGAUAGCGAUUCGCCAGGUGGUGGAGGGGGCUGGUUUGGAGGCUCUUCUCCAGGAGAUUCUGGCUUAGGCGCAGCUGGUGGUUCUGGAUAUAUUCUGACUGAGUCCUCAUAUAAACCUCCUGAAUAUGAAUUGACCUCUGAAUACUACAUGAAAUCCAUUUCUCAAUUAAACGGAAUUAGAGAAGGAAAUGGGAUGAUUCGAAUAACAAUCAAUGAGAUAUAUGAAGAAUUAAAAGACAAAUGUAAGAAAUAUUGUACUUUUUCACAUAUAUGUCCAAAUUCAAUAUCUUCAUUAUUAAUUAUUUCAUUAUAUCCUCCACGCAGACGAUAA